CCUGUCCUCAGAGUACGGGUCUGACCUAGAUACUGUUACACUUUCCAAUAUUCAUCAGAUGUUACAAGGAUUGUUUUUGGAACAACUGCGACUCACCAAGUAUCUUCAACAAGGCUGCCAAAAUAACCCUCCUCUGUUGUGUGUGGAAGGAAAGGGAGACUCUUUGGUGUGUGACAUCAGUCUGUGUGUAUUUGAGCCAUGGGCGGUCCACUGAGAGUGGACUACUUUAGGAGCAGAACCUGUCUCCAGCUGAAGCAGAAAACUGGCCAAGAGUAGUGAGCAGCAGAAGCUAACAAGGUACAGGAAGAAGAGGGAGAAGCUUUCAAGAAGCAGAGGACAAGGAGGCUGUAUCAACAAUCAGGCAGGACACAAAAAGAAGAAAGACAUCUCAACAAUUCCUACAAAUAUACCAGAUCUUGUAAGUGUUCCAAAAGAAGCUUCUUGCCCUCCUCUUCGCUCACCAUGGACCGCUCGGCGCAGGAACUGUUUCUCAACUUCAUGAUCGUCCUUAUCACUGUGCUUCUGAUGUGGCUACUGGUGAAAACUUACCAGGACUGAAGCAUGGAGCCACGAGGCAAGAGGAAAGCAGGAGGCGGAGGGAAGCAAGGGAUAGAUGGAAAGAGCUGGUUCUUGCUAAAUGUCUAAAUACAGAGUUUACAUUUUUUGAGUCUUUUUAGUUUAUGAAAUCAUAAGAAGACCUAUGCACAGUUCUAGUCUUCAUUUAAGGUUAAAUAUUGUAUUUAUGUAUCUGUUGUCUGAGAUACAUGAAGUUUCUAAAGUUAUGAAAAAGGUGGAGAAGCAUUAAAGAAAUGGGAGUGUGAUAAAAAUAAAAAACAAUGUACAAGCAGUAUAUGUCAUAGACCUGGUCAUAUAAUUUCAGGCACACUAAGGUAUUUUUUAUUGACAUUAUGUGUGCUUACUUAUGUUCCUUAAACUCUUCCACUUGUGGGUUUUUGUUUCAUUACACCAGCUAGUUAUAUUUCAUUAAUGAUGUUUUUUUUUCUGCUUGUGCUUUCUUAAACAAGAUUUUAUUA